CACAGAGGAAGAAAAGAAAACACUUCAGUCAUCCUUCAGAAGGAGGAGGAGGAGGAGGAGGAGAUUACCUCAGACCCUCAGCUCACCUCAACCUGGUUAUUCUUCUUUUCUUACUCUGAUUUUGAAUGAAUCACCAAGCGUUUCUGCCUGUGUGUGUGUGUGUGUGUGUGUGUGUUUGCGUGCGUGAUCCUGUGUGAGAGAGUGGAGUGUUUCUGGCCUCAGGGGGAGAGUCAGUGAGUGUGUGUGUGUGCGCGCAGAGAAGAGAAGAAGUGACGCCCUGCCUGCAUCCAGAUGUUCCAUGUUUCUUGUGCGCGCUCUUUCACUCAGUGGAGAGGGGAAGAGGGAAAUGCAUGGCUCCAGCUCGGGUUCAAAGGACAAUGACUGCCAUGGCUUUUCACUGAAGUGUCUGAAGUCUCGCAGAAGUCUUCGUGUGGGAGAAUGGAGAACUGGAAAGCACACACACUCAUGCUGCUGUGGAUUCACGCGCUCUGGCUGUUACCCGUGUCUGUGCAGAGACAUGCUGCUGCUUCACAUCCACACGACGUGAUCGACCUUCUGGAAGCUCUCCACAUGUCCUCCCAGAUUAGCGGCGUGAGCAGACAGCCCAGUCCUGACAGUGUGGCAUACAAAAUACGAUCCAGAGCACCGUACCUGACUCUACCUCCACAAUAUUCCCACUUCCUGUUCUCCAAACUGCAGGGUAGCAUGGGUGUUUAUUUGGUGGGGCAUCAGUCAUCGGCGUCCACCGCCACUCUCAUUUCACUCUCCUCUCAGUCCUCGCCCAUUCUCCAGAUCAUCUCCUCCACUGUCAAUGACACUCUGCGUUUGGACUAUCACUCUGGAGGAGAAGGGUCUUCACAGGGCCCUGCCAGCUUUCACUUCCCCAGUAGAAACCCCUUCUCCAGGGAGGACUGGGUACAGCUGGCUGUGAGCGUGGAGCCUGACAGACUGGUGUUUUUUGUCAACUGUCAAGAUGCUGCUGUUGUCCCGAUAACAAGUGAAGAGAGGAUCAAACUGGAACUGCCACCAAAUGUGGUCAUCACUCUCGCUGGAACUCCCGGACGAAAAGACAGCAAAUUUAGCGGUCAUUUGAAGAGAGCUGAGAUCUCACUGAAACCUUAUCUACAGCGUCCGUGGUCCUGUGACAACGUAACAGAUCAUCUGUCUCCUUCCAAGGACAUUGACGCACAGAGCUCAGACUCUCAGAGUGACAGCAGUGGAACAUCUCAGCAGGGUGACCUCACUAGUAAACCCCAAACAAGCUGCAGGCCCAUGGACCAAACCAGCAAUUAUCCCCUGGACAUCCAGAGUGACCAGCUGCAGAGAGGUGUCAUCCUGGGGCCUCCGGGGUCUCCUCAAGGAGUCAAGUCUGUUUCUCACAGCCCGAAAGACGACAGGCUGAAGGAGCUGGAGAAAACAGUGAAGGAGCUUGCACGUAUGCUGGACAUGGUCAAAGCUCAGAACACAGACUUGCAAUCACGCGUUCAGUACCUGGAGGGAUGUGAGUGUGUGAGGCAGCGAUGUGAGUGGGAGGGACGUGACGUGGACGACGGCCAGAGCUGGCAAACUGACCUCAGCACUGUCUGUACUUGUACAUCUGGAAAGGUCACAUGUCAGUCUAACAUCAGAGGGUGUGAACUGGACGGCACAGUUCACAAUGUGUCCUACGACACCCUCGGCGGCUGUCAGACAUGUACAUGUAAGGACGGUCAGAGGCAGUGUUCUCCUCUGUCCUGCCCCUCACUGGACUGCACACACACAGAGACAGUGUCUGGAGACUGCUGCCAACAAUGCAAGAGUUGUAUCUAUUACGGUGUACGCUACGAUCACAGAGCCAAGUGGAGACCCGAGCAGAGUCCCUGUGAUGUUUGCUACUGUUUGGAGGGUCGUGUGCAGUGUGAGAGGGAGCAGUGCCACACGCCGUGUAAAAACCCGGCUGCUGCACCACCUGCUAGCUGCUGCCCAGUAUGUCGAGGAUGUGGUGUGAACGGUCAUGACUUCCCUAACGGAGCGGUGAUUCCCACUGGAGACCGUUGUCAAGAGUGUACAUGUGUGAAUGGAGAUGUGGUGUGUUCACCUCAUCCCUGUCCCACUUUGUCUUGUCAAAACCCUGUACAUCGUACCGGAGAUUGUUGCCCACGGUGUGAGCAGUGUGAAUAUGAGUCCAAGGUCUACGUGGAUGGACAGACGUUCCCCUCCAGAAGAGACGCCUGCCUCCGCUGCCACUGCUCUGCUGGUAAAGUGUCUUGUGAAGGUGUGGAUUCGUCAUGUCCCACUCCACAGUGCAAUCAUCCAGCCCGACCCGAGGGAGAGUGUUGUCCCUCAUGUGACGUGUGUGAGUAUGACAGGAGAGUCUAUGCUCAUGGAGAAGUGUUCAGCCCAGCAGGGAGUGGACCCUGUCUACAGUGCAGUUGUAAGGGUGGGAAUGUAAUCUGCCAUGAGCAGAAAUGCUCUCCAGUGCUGUGCUCCAACCCUGUGAGAGAGCCACAUCUCUGCUGUCCAGUCUGCAAAGCGUGUGUGUUGGAGGGAGUGGAGUAUGAAGAAGGCUCUAACUGGCGCCGUGACGACCACUGCUCCACCUGCACGUGUGUGAAUGGAGAAAUCCAGUGUACACACACACCGUGUCCACCCACUGACUGCCUACAUCCCACUAAGACGACAGGAUCCUGUUGUGCAGCGUGUGAAAGCUGUGACUAUAAUCAGCGCAUCUACAGCAACAAUCAGAGGUUCACGAGCCCUGAUCAGCCCUGUCACAUCUGCACCUGUCAGCUCGGCACUGUGGCGUGUGAGAGGAGACAGUGCCCUCCACUCAACUGCACCAACUCAUACACACCACCCGGAGAGUGCUGCCCUAAAUGUCCAGACUGCUCCUUUGAAAACCGUGUCUUUUUGGACGGACAGGCUUUUCUCAAUCCCGUGAGUGUGUGUGAGGAGUGUAAGUGUGUGAGCGGCAGGAUCGACUGCCACCAAGCGCUGUGUCCUCAGCCUCAGUGUAACGCACCUCGUCCUGGAACGUGCUGUCACAACAACUGCAACGGCUGCAGUUAUGCUGGGAAAGAGUAUCACAACGGACUGGAGUUCCCUCACCCCACUGACACGUGCAGGGCGUGCAGCUGUGUCAAUGGGAACGUCCAGUGUCUGAUGAGGAGGUGUCCACCACUGACGUGCUCAAACCCCCAUGUGCUGCCAGGAGACUGCUGCCCCCGGUGUCCAGCUCCUCUCCUGGACUGUGUGUAUGAACAAAGAACUUACCGACACACUGAGCGUUUUUACCACCCGACUGACAACUGUCGCACAUGCACCUGCACCAACGGCACACUUCAGUGUCAGCACAAGCCCUGUCCCUUCACCUCAUGUUCUCACCCCAUCACUCAAGACUGCUGCCGCACCUGUGAAGGAUGUUUGUAUGAGGGCCGAGAGCGAGCCAACGGGGAGACGUGGGACGCCGCCUCAGACCCGUGUGCUGCGUGUGUGUGUCGGGAGGGUUCUGUCCGCUGCGAGAGGAAACGCUGUCCACCGUCCAACUGUAACCACCCAGUCCAGAGACAGUGCUGCAUGUCCUGUCACGGCUGCACGUUCCAUGGUAAAGAAUAUCCUGACGGCACUGAGUUUGCUGACGACAACGACCCGUGUGGUGUGUGUUACUGUUACGGAGGAGACGUCGUCUGCACCAAACUGCCCUGCUACGGAGAAUGCACUCACCCGUAUAAAGCACCAGGACAAUGCUGUGGAGAAUGUCAACGCUGCUUCUAUAACAGUGCGGUCCUCAUGAACGGACAGACCAUCCCUGACCCAGGAAACCCCUGCUCGGAAUGUAGCUGCCAGAGUGGGUCAGUCCGCUGUGUGAAGAAGACGUGUGCAGCCACUCCCUGUCCUCACCCUGUCACCAGCCAGUGUGGCUGCCCUGUUUGCCACGGUUGUCACUUCCAGGGUGUGACUUAUGUUGAAGGCCAGGUUCUGUCAGGAGGAGAGAAAGGAUGUCAGGACUGCACCUGCUCAAGAGGCGAGGUGGUGUGUGGGCAAAGACGGUGUCCAGCUGUGUCCUGUCCACACCCAGCUCUGGACGGCUGUGGGUGUGGAGCGUGUGACGGAUGCAGCUUUAACGGACGCGACUGUUUUAACGGGGAGAGAUUCCCUCACCCGACAGAUCACUGUCAGCUCUGCUCCUGUCUGAAUGGCGGUGUGGUGUGUGCACACGUGUCUUGUCCAAGCGUUGCCUGUGUGCGUCCAGUGACCCCGGCGGGCGAGUGCUGUCCCGUCUGCACAGGUGUCUGUCUGCACCAGGGGAGGGAGUAUCAUUCAGGCUCCGCCUUCUCUUCUCCGUCUGAUCCAUGCUCCUCGUGCUCCUGCCUGAAUGAGGUGGUGAACUGUCAGAGGAGACCUUGUCCGGUGCGGUGCUCCCAUCCUGUCCCAUCAGAGUCCUGCUGCCCGGUCUGUGACUCGUGUCUGUACGAGGGCAUCGUCCACUCUCACAGUCACACCUUCACUCCCUCCUCUAACUCCUGCCAGCGCUGCACAUGCGUCCGAGGCACCGUCACCUGUGUGCCACUUGUCUGUCCACCAACAAACUGUGCUCGACCCAUUACCAAGCCAGGACAGUGCUGCCCCGAGUGCACGGUGUGCACGCUGGAUGGACAGGAGUUCGCUGAUGGACAGAUGUGGACCAUGACCUCAAACCACUGCUCCACCUGCACCUGCCAGGCAGGUGAGGUGCAGUGUUCGGCUCCUCGGUGUCCCAAGCUACCAUGCAUGCAUCAGGUGACCGAUGGUGGAGCCUGCUGUCCUCGCUGUCGAGGUUGUAUGUAUGGAGGGGAGGAGCACACAGAGGGCAGCAGUUGGUUUGCAGACUCCACCCCGUGUAUGACGUGCAUGUGUGUGGACGGCGUGACCACCUGCUCUGAAGUGCACUGUCUGUCUCCCUGCAUCAACUUCAUCAGUGUGCCCGGCGAGUGCUGCCCCGUGUGUGCUGAUUGUGUAUUUGAGGGCAGAGUGUUCGGCCCCGGAGACAGUUUUCAUCCAGCAGACGACCCCUGUCAGAUCUGCUCCUGUGAGGUGAUGCCGGAUGGAGAACAACACCUGAGAUGUUUAAGAAAGCAGUGUCCCAGUCUGGUCGACUGCCCUAAAAGCAACAUCUUCUUCUCUGGACCUGAUUCCUGCUGUCCCGUCUGUGCACAGCCUCUCAGUAACUGCACCGCUGCUCUGAUUGGAAACGAGGUGUUGGCCACUGACGACCCCUGUUUCACCUGCCACUGUCAGGACCUUACGUGGACCUGUCUGCACCAAAUGUGCCCCCAACUUUCUUGUCCUCUCGAUGAGCAGGCCACGCCUCCAGACUCGUGCUGUCCUGUGUGUAAAGAUUGUGUGAUUGAGGGACAGAGCAGAGUGGAAAACGGCAGCAGCUGGACAGACAGCGACGACAACUGUGUUACUUGUUCCUGUAUUUUGGGUCACAUUGAAUGCAGCAUUGAGGAGUGUUUACCUACACUUUGUCUGGACGGCCAAAAACUAGUGAAGAUUCCCGGGAAAUGCUGCCCUGAAUGCAAAGAAUCGAGGGAGUCGUGUCUGCACCAGGGAACAGUGUAUCACAGUAACGAACAGUGGGAGGUGGAUGAGUGCACCAGCUGCACAUGUGUGUCUGGAGACGUGCACUGUCACAGUGAACGCUGCCCUCCCCUCACCUGCGCAACAGAUGAGAUGCCAGCAGUCGUCCCAGGUCUGUGUUGUCCUCACUGUCUUCCUCGUCCAGCCUCCUGCAUUGCCUUCGGUGACCCUCAUUAUCGCACCUUCGACGGCCGCAUGCUGCACUUCCAGGGAGCGUGCACAUACGUCCUGGCACAGGACUGUGAGGGCGGAGACUUCAGUGUUCAUGUGACUAACGAUGAUCGAGGACGUAAAGGAGUCUCCUGGACCAAAGAGGUCACAGUGUUCAUUGGAGACGUUGCCGUGCAGCUGCUUCAGGACUGGCUCGUCAAGGUCAAUGAUGACGCUGUGAGUUUGCCGUACCUCAGAGAACCACACAUCUAUAUAGAACGGCAGAGCAACACCAUCCUACUCAACACUAACAUCGGCCUGAAGGUGCAGUGGAGUGGUCGCUCACACCUGGAGGUGAGUGUGCCGGGCUCCUACAAGGGCCACACCUGUGGUCUCUGUGGAAACUUCAACAACUACUACCAGGACGACCUGCGGACGCCCAGCGGACGCAUCAGCCUGUCAGAGUCUGACUUUGGCAACAGCUGGAGGGUCACAAACGGCAGCCGCUCCCUCUCCACCUGUCGACCUGGCGAGGACGUGGACCCCUGCAAGGACGCAGGUUACCAGGCAAAGAAGGGGGCUAACGCUCGCUGCAAGGUCUUGAAGUCUACCGUGUUUAAGCCAUGCCAUCGCGUGGUGCCUCCUGAACCUUGGUACGCAGCCUGCGUGUAUGAUCUCUGCGCCUGCGGGGCCAACAGUGACGAGUGUCUGUGUGACGCGCUGGAGGCUUACGCCGCUCAGUGCAGGGUGGCUGGAGUUGUGCUGAAGUGGAGGAGCCCGUCACUGUGUGCUGUGGGCUGUCCAGUGGAGAGGGGCUUUGUGUUUGACGAGUGUGGGCCCCCGUGUCCCGUGACCUGCUUUAACGUGGACGUACCUCUGGGGGUGAUAGAGAGCCACUGCUUCAAACCCUGUGUUCCAGGCUGCCAGUGUCCUGCUGGUUUGGUCCUGCACAACAACUACUGUAUACAGCCCGAGAAGUGUCCCAAGAUUAUCCACGGCAACCACACCUAAAGCUCGGACUGCUCCCUUUCAGCGUAUAUGCUAAAUGUAUAUGCCCACACACACACACACACACACACACACACACACAUGCACUGUCACCCUCUGAUAAUCUACAAUCCACUUCUGGACUGCAUCAUGUUUUCUCACUGUGUGAAAUGAUAAAAGAAAGAUCUGCUGGUGAACUCCAUGACCUGUGGAUUAACUGACGUGUAAUACUGCAUUUUUAGAGUUGGUAUAAACCUUUUAUAUAUGAAUCUGUAGCACUGAAUAUUUAUGUCACACGAGAGUUGAUGUCACAUGCUAAUCAACACAUUUAUGAAACUUUUAUGAAAUAUUUUUGUUUACUGUGCAGGUUUGUGUCAGCCUGUGUGGCAUUGACUGUAUACAAGAUAAACCACGAGACCUCAGGUAUUUUUCUGUCUCUCUUCUCUCAGUUUUACAAAUAAACUAAAGUUUCACAAAUAUGUCUUUUAUAUUUUUAUAUUUAAGUAAAAAAAAAGAAGAAAAAAUAUUAAUUAUUGGAACACAAACAACCAUCCACUCUCACUCUCACACCUACAUUACCUAAUCCUCAUAUUGCAUGUUUUUGGACUGUGGGAGGAAACUGGAGAACCUGGAGAAAACCCGGGGAGAACAUGCCAACUCGACAAUUCAAUUAAAUGUUUUAUUUGUA